AUGAAUAAUAGUCAUGAUCAUCCUCAUAUACAUCAUCAGAAUAUCGUCAUAGGUGACAUAUUUCUGCAUUUGGAGACAAAACCAAUAAUUAUUCAAGUGGUUAUUCAAUCUCCAUUGGCAACAUCUCCUUUAACACUUGAUAAACCAGUUGUUCACCGAUUAUCACCGAAUUCUUCUGGACAAACUGGCUCUCAAGGUAUUAUUUCAUGUGAUCUAAAAAAUAGUGUACCUAUUAAAGCAACUCAUGAGCGAACAAAAUCAUCAUCAACAAAAAAAUUAAUGCGUGUGCAUAAAGCAAGUUUAGCAUUAGUUAAAGAAUUAAAAUCAAAAGUAUCAAGCUCAAAUCAGAGUGAACUCAAAUCAAUCACUACAAAUGCAAAUGUGAAUGCUGAACAUACGUAUUUUUAA